AUGGAGAUCGCGGAGGCCGGCAGGGGCGAGGUCGCCUUCGCAAUGCGCGCCCUGCACCACCUCGCGCGCCUCGACGCCGGCGCCAGUAACCUCGCGAUCUCCCCGCUCUCCAUCCACGCAGCGACGGUGCUCCUCGGCGCGGGCGCCCGCGGCGCCACGCUCGACGAGAUCGUUGCCUUCCUUGGACCCGGUGGAGGCCGCUCUCACGCGCUGCUCGCGUCGCACGUCGCGCUCCGCGUGCUCGCCGACAGCGACGACACCGGCGAUGCGGGGCCGAAGGUGCGUUUCGCCAACAGCGUCUGGGUGGACGUCCAGGCGGCCCGCCUCAAGGACGACUACGCUCGCGUCGUCGCCGAGCACUACCGCGCCCAAGCGCGCACGGUGCACUUCAAGACGAUGCCGGAGCAAACGAGGGGCGUGAUCAACCAGUGGUUCUCGGCGGCGACGGCGGGCCUGAUCAAGGACUUCCUGCCGCCCGGCUCCGUCAGCGCUAACACGCGGUGCAUCCUCGCGAACGCGCUCUACUUCAAGGGCGUCUGGGAGAGAAAGUUCGACGCCCAGCACACGCAGCCAAGAACCUUCCACCUGCCCGACUACACGGAAGUCCUCGUGCCCUUCAUGUCGAGCCGCGAGAGCCAGUACAUCGAUUGCUGCACCGACUGGAAGGUCCUCAAACUCCGCUACGCGUGCGGCCGCGGCGGCGCUCGCGCUCGGCAGUUCGCCAUGUACGUCUACCUGCCGAACCAGCGGCACGGCCUGCACAGCAUGCUGCAGCAGCUGGCCUCCAACCCGGAGCUGCUCUCCAAGGAUCUCCGGCGCGCCGUCCCCGUGGGCGACUUCAGGGUGCCCAAGUUCACCAUAUCGUACAAGACGGAGGCCACGGGGCUGCUGCGGAGCCUCGGGCUGCGCCUGCCGUUUGACGAGGGAGCCGCCGACUUGUCUGAGAUGCUGGAGUCGACCAAGACGGCGGACGAGAGGUUCUUCGUGUCCAACGUGUAUCACCAGUCCUUGGUGGAAGUAAAUGAAGAAGGGACCGUGGCGGCCGCGGCGACCAUGUUCGGUUGUCUAGCUGGUUCUUCUCCGUCUAUGUUUAGUACGCCGGUCCCGGUAGUAGACUUCGUCGCCGACCAUCCCUUCAUGUACUUGAUCAAGGAGGAGCGCAGCGGCGUCGUGGUUUUCGCCGGCCAAGUAGUUAAUCCUUCGCUCUAA